AUGAGCUCGACUUGGCCCGCACCUCCCGCCUCUGCAAUACAUGGAGAUCACGAAGACGACCUUUCUAUACCACCUUGGCCAACAGAGCCAACAACACAUUGGAGUGAGCCCGACUUGCCAGAGACUUCGCGCUGGGGCAGUGAUGCUUCUGCAGGGUGGAAUCCUGUACCCUCUACAUUUGACAGAAUUUCGUUAACAAAGGACGUGGUGCCAGAGUUUAAACCACCUUUCAGUGUCAAGUCAACUCUACAAGAAGAGAGGGGCGAUGACGGUACGGCACUGACAGCGCUGCACUCUUCUCCGGUCGUGACACCGGAAGAGAACACGCCUCCCAGUCCCCUGCCAGUGGAGCCCUUAAAUCCACCAGCUGACUCGCCGAAACCACCGCCAUUGGCAUUACCGACCAUUGAGGAUGCCGAUGGUUUCGGUGCACCCAAUGCUAGCGUGUCUGAUGAUUGGACUACAGCCUCAAUGCUGAACUUCUCGCUACCGUCUGCCAAACGAACCGAUGUCGAUGAUGCUUGGGACACUGCUCGUCAACAGAAGGAGAAACAUGUUCCUAAUCAUGUUGCAGCCCCCGGAACUGUUGCCAAUUUGAUAUUUCUUCAGCUGGAAGAAAUUUCAAAUGAUCUGCAGAAGGAUGCCGAAGCUGCCUCAAGUGGUGAGCUCGAGAACCAGCGGAAUUCGAACUUCGAUUCCCUUUGUCUCACAAACGUUCCUGAUGACCUCACACUACCCAUGAGUCAGCCAUUCUCCAAAACCUUUCCGUUGAAACAACCCUCGGACGCCUUGAAGCUCACAGCAUGCACCUUAACACACCCUUUUGCGACAUUCAUGAUGUCGAAAGGUUCGACUUCGUGGGAGGCCGCCAUAAAAGCUCGGCUGAACAUCACACAGGACAGCAUUACUCCUGCAGGAUGGAAAAUCGUCGAAAGUGGCAAGCAGACGGCCAUGCCUGUCGACAACAGAAAGAGGAAAACAGGAGGUGGUCUCCUGUCAUUCUUUGGGAGAAGGGCGACAACAUUGUCAGCUGGUCCCUCCAGAUGCUCUGCUUCGUCUGGAAGUGCUUCAGUCAAAGCAGGAACGUCUCCCAGGGCUAGCAUUGGCAGUUCCCAUUUGAACCCGCUUCCAUAUCAUCUACCUUGCUCGGCGACUUUGAAUUGGGACCAAGACCCUCGGCUUUUCGAGCUCAGCCAUGCAUUGAAAGCUUUGGGUUUGACCCAACCCUGA